CUGGCGGGCCUCACGUCGGAGAAGGUCCUCGAGUUCAUCGAGAGGUACGAGCCGGCGCCCGAGGCCAGGAAGAACAAGCAGAUGCUGAUUGACGGCUUCACAAAGUACCUGAUGAGCGACGAGUGUGACCUGUUCGACCCCGCCCACCGCCAGGUCUGCCAAGACAUGACUCAGCCUCUGGGACACUACUUCAUAUCCACAAGUCACAACACUUACCUGCUCGAGGACCAGCUCAAGGGGCCCUCCAGCGUGGACGGGUACAUACGGGUCCUCACGUGCGGCUGUCGGUGUGUCAAAGUGGACGUGUGGGACGGCCAGGACGAGCCUGUCGUCUACCACGGCAACACCCUCACCAGCAAGGUGCCCUUCCGGGAGGUCGUCGACGCCAUCGCCAGCUACUCCUUCGACUUCUCCGUCCACCCCAGCCUCAACGACAUUUCAUUGCGUCUGACAUGGCCACUUCCACUCCUGCAGCUUCCCCCAACCUCGGGAACCGCAUUCCAUGGGAGCUGUUCCGCUUCCCCAGGUUACCCGGUCAUCGUCCACCUGGAGAACCAUGCAGCGUUCAAGCAGCAGCACAGAUCAUGGCGUUCAGCUCGCUGA